AUGUGGCCUCUGGUCAAUGUGCCUCGGAGUCUUUCCUUCUUCGAGCCGGACGAAGCUGAGGGAGACGAAUGGAAGCCCAAGUCUGAGCCAGAGAGUGAGGAGAUCGACGACGAAUGGGACGAUCCCUCGUUCGUUUUAAAAGAAGAAGAGGAGGAGGAGGAAGAGGGUGAGGAAGAGGAGGAGAGCGAGGAAGAGUACACUCCAACGUGUGUGCAGACUCGGAGGUGUCCAUGGAAGACGAGACGGCGCGGCACGCCCACGAGGUCCCGAUCACCGCUGGCUCGCGCAGCAGCAGCAGAGCCAUGCUCAAACCUCGAGCCCUGGAAGACCGAGGAGGAGGCCGACAGUGCCCCAGGAGUGAGCAGGUUCCAGCCUAG